AUGAGCACUUGCACCUGCAGCUUCACGGCAACAGAGGAAUUACAAACACCUGCAACACCGGAUCUGCAUCAAGCACCUCAGUGCCCCCUCCGCCGGUGGUGUGGAGGCCACUAUGACCGAUGGGGUCGGGGUGGAGGCCAGGAGAGGGGCGCGCCGGUGAGGAGACGGCUGCCGCUGAGGAAGUUGCCUCAUGCCGCCACUGGAUCUACGGCUGCCGUCGCGGCUAGGAGAGGAAGCGCCGUCGCAGGUGGUUUGGGGGCCACCGACCACCGCGCACGCAAGCUGGCUGGGGGCCUCGCCGUCGCCACCAACGGAUGCGUCGGGGCUGCGUCAGGGCUACGCGUAGGGUCACCGUGUUCUGAGCCUCAUGUUGCAAUGCCGAAGAAGGGAGGCCGCGGCGCGGAUGCGAUCAGGGCCGGCAUCGAUGUCGAGCUGCUGCUGCUCGUAGAGCCUCCUCUCCGGUGCCUCCCCUUGGCCCACACACAGCCGGGCACGCGUGCUGCCAGCCGGUGA